AUGGAAGAAUUCAAGAUAUGUGUGUAUGGAGAGAAGUAUGAUGAAGAAGAGGAAAAGGCAGGUAAUGCUAAGGGAGCAAAUAAAAGGAAAACUGAAGAGGAAGCAGUUAGCAAGGCUGCGUAUUAUGACUGGUCUAAACUGGCAGAUGAUGGAAAGUUGAAGGAUUUGACUGUACAGGAGCUGAAGAGCUACCUAACAGCUAACAAGCUGACUGUUGCUGGAAAAAAGGAAGUUUUGAUUACUAGGAUCUUGACACACUGGAUGGGUCUGGAUAAUCUUUAUGUGACUAUUUAUGAUGACGGGGAUGAAGACAUUUGUCUUUUCAGAUAUAUUCGCAGAAAAGUCAACACACAAAUUGACCACAUGGAUACUAAAUCUUCAGGAAACUAUGAUGCUACAACCCGAGUCACAAGUGGAAAUCUGGAUGAUGCGUACAAUAAUACAAUGACAAAGGUUGAUGCUGCCAAAGCUAAAUUUGACAAGUUGACACAAAUGAGAUCUGAACUUGCCUCAGAACAUUACAAGGUGAAGGAAUCAUUGGAGAAACUGAAGGGUAGAGUUGAAAAUUUUAAGUGUGAAGAUAUGGUAAAAGUAAAUAAUGCAGAACAAUUGGAUCAUGAACAUCUUUUGAAUAAACAAAAAGAGAAUGAAGAAUUUGCUUAA